GCUCGGAAAAGUUUGUACAUUUCUGGCCGCGUUAUGCUGUGAAAUAUGGUACGACUAUAGAGCCAUAUACGUAUAGAAACGAGUACACGUGUGUGCGUGGAACGACUGGGCGCGAUAGGUGGCGGCGAAUGAGAAAGAAAGAGAGAGAGAACGUUAGAGUAGAGAAUACCGUUAGCGAGCAUGCGCCUAUAGCCACUAUAUCUGAUGGCUCCGCCUUUCUCGGCGCAGACGAUGCCUUUGGGAUUUGUCCCUCGUCGAACCAAUCAGAGAACGCGAUUGGGACGGCGACGCGCGGCGAGGGGUUCAACGAUGGAUGGGGAUAGCUUCUUCGGGGACGCGCGGCAUAACGGGAGGAGGUAGUUGUGUUAUACUGUGUGGUAGAGCAGGGAGGUAGCCAGCCAGCAGCAGCAGCAGCAGCAGCAACGGAUAACGAGAAACUCUGCGAACGCUUACGAGAUCCCGUGACGAGUUUUUUUUUUUCCGUGUAGCAUCGCACAGUGGAAAAUGGUGAAACUGUAAAAAGUGAAAACGCGAGCGAACGUCAACGCCGUUGGCAUCGUGCGCUGCGACGACGAAGCAAAGUGCGGUGUCGGGAUACAUAGAUACGCACACACAUCGACACACAUUCGCACACACGCGCAGGCCUAUUCGAAACGUGCUUUAUAGGUGUGACUGCGCAGUCGCCAUAUGCAGUAUGAUGAAAAGAUUGAAACUAGUAUGAAAAUGAAUGUAAAAUGGCAAAGAAAAAGGGCUAUGUAUAAAUGAGCACUCUUGUUAAAAAAUACUUCUAUUUCUAAGAGAAAAGAAGUUUAUCUAAGUUUGUACUCAAUUUUGCAAGAGUAUAAAAGAAAACAUGACAGAUGUUAAACCAAUUGGAAUUUCGCCGUCUCAACCACAACAACAACAACAGCAACAACAGCAGUCGCAACAACAACCUCAACAACAGCAGCAAAUAAUGAUUGCAGCUCACGAUUUGCAACAGCAGCAAAAUGUUCAGCAGUCACAGCAACAGCAUGUACAGCAACAACAGCAGCCUCAACAAGUUCAGCAACCUCAACAAGUGCAGCAACAACAGGUUCAACCACAGCAGCAGAUGCAGCAGCAGGUCCAAUCACAACAGCAAAUGCAAGUUCAGCAGCAGGUUCAGCAGCAGCAGCAACAACAACAGUCACAGCAAGCACAACAGCAGCAACAAAAUAAUGGACCACACAAUGUCGUUCCUACUCAAGUUCAAGUGCAGCCACAGGUAGCUGCAAGCAUGUCUCAACAACAGUUGCAGAAUGCUGUUGCGGUAUCGAUGCAGCAUCAGCAACAAGGAGUAGGUGGUGUGUCCAUGACAUUAUCUGGUCAGCAGGGUGCAACUACUAUUACUACAAUGGCUGCGCAUCCACAAGCAGUCCAGGUGAUUCAACAACCGAUGCAGAGUCAAGCUUAUCAUUUACAACAAUUAUAUAAUACUCAAGGCACGCCUUUAUUGAUGCCAGGAAAUCUCGCGCUGCAUCCAGCAGGCAUAAAUCCUUCUUCUAUUCAGGUAAUAACAGCUGGAAAGCCUUUUCAAUCUGCAGCUCAACUUACUCCUCAUAUGCUAACUACGGCGUCGACGCCCGGUCAAGGCGGUGGUCAUCCUGGUGCAGGUGGCACCAAAGUUCAAGGAUUUCCUACUGGUUAUCUACCAGUACCCACAUCUGCUACUCCUGGUGCUGGUCAAACAUUGGUAUUUGGUCAACUUGGUGUAUUGGGUUCACCACAACCACCGCCUUCGCUGCAGCAGCAGCAGCAGCAACAAUCCGCGAAUAAGCAGGACCAAGUACAAAAGUAUACGGCUUGCACUGCCGGGACACCAUCUGGUGGAAGAGGUGGUGGUAUGCAGUUUGCACCCUGGCAAUUUGCACCACAAGUAUGGACUGCUGGAUUACAACAACCAACCCUUCUCACUGCCGCACCCAAUCAGAUAUUCAUUCGUGGUCCGACGCAACCGGACAUGUUUAUACAAAGUCCACAACCGAUACAAACGCAUAAUGCACUUGCGACGCAGCAACAGAUACAAGGUGUGCAGCAGAUAACAACCGCCAGCGGUAAACCUACUAAGGUGAUGGAUAUUCAACAACAGCAGUCCCAGCAAGGUAAACAGAGUGCGGGCGGACAGCGGCCUUUGAGUAUCCUGCCAUCAUCCUUGCAGGCAGUGCAGGCUGCCAAUAUACGCGCCGCUAGUUCCGUUUCUACACAGACUGUUCAUGGAGUACAAGCUACGGUACAAGUACAGAGUGGUAAGAGCGGCGGCGGUGGAGGAAAAGGCCGCGGCAAACCGAUGCAAUCUCCGCAGCAACAGCAACAACAGCAGCAGCAGCAAGCUCAACAAUCGAUACAGCAUCAGCAGGUCUUCAUACAACAGAAACAACAUACGCAGCAACAGCAGCAGCUACAACAGCAAUAUCAACAACAAGUGCAAUCCUCCCAACAGCAAAUACAACCUAAGCCUAUUAUGACGAAUAUGACACUGCAACAACAACAGCAAUCUGGCGUUGUCUUGGGCACAGAUCGUCCCAUAAUGCCGGUAGUUUCAGUAGGUGGUGUUGGUGUUGGGGUCGCUGCCACUUCACAAAUGAAUCAAGUGCAGCAGCCUCAGAUGUCGACAGUACAACAGCUUCCUUUACCGGCUAUCAAUUCAACUAUAAUAAGUAAUCAAAUAGUGAAUGGAGCGUCGCAAGUUCAAGCGAUGCCGAUUGUGAAUGCGACUCCGGAUCAGCCAACGCAUGAUAACACCAAUCCGGCUAUAAUGAUCACUUCGCCAGAUCGUAAUCCACAGGCUGAGUGCUCCCUUAUACUGCCAUCUACUACAAAUAUUGCUCCAAUGGCAACUGAUGAUAGUGUAAAGUUAGUUUUGAAGAAGGAAGACAUGCCUAUGCCUGCGGAAGAAGUCGCGGCGACAGCUCCUCAGGUAGAAGUAACAGAUGGAGAUCAAUGUAAGACUGCGACAACAAAAGAAGAGGAAGUGAUUACUCCAAAGAUGGAAGAGAAACAGUGCAAUAACCCGUUAGCGGGGCUUGCCAAUGCAGUCAACGCGAUUACGAACGGUGUCAUUGGCGAUGAGUCACCGAAUAUGGCGAUCUCGACCCCAAUCACAGUGAAUAAUAAACAAGCACCACCUAAAGCUAUGGUGAAGCCGCAGGUCCUCACCCAUGUGAUAGAAGGAUUUGUGAUACAAGAAGCAUCAGAACCGUUCGCAGUAAGUCAGGAAACUACCAACAUCCUCAAUCGAAACAAUACAGCUACGGAGAGGGAAACUCACGAAGAACCUCCGAAGAAGAAACAUUGUCCUAAUUAUUCGAAUGAAGAAGAUGGAGCCAAUGGGCAAGUCAGUAAAUGCGAAAGUUGUGGCAAUACAGUUGAUGAACAGAAUGUCAAGCUCAAAAAAGAGAAACGGUUUUGCUCAUCAAUGUGUGCAAAAAGUAAAAAACGGGAAACGCGAGAUCGCGAUGGUAUGGAAAAACAGUGGAUUGAGAUAGAGACUGAAACUAAAACUGUCGAUAAUGACAUGGUGAAGAAGAACGGUGAAGAGAGGUCAUUAUCUACAACUACUUCUUCCGCCGAUGAAUCACUGCCGAAAGUAAAUCCAGUUAAAUGGACGGUAGGUGAAGUGUGUGAUUUUAUACGUGGUCUACCGGGAUGCGCCGAUUAUGCAGAGGACUUUGCUAUUCAGGAAAUUGAUGGUCAAGCUCUUAUGUUGCUGAAGGAGGAUCAUCUCAUGUCGGCCAUGAGCAUCAAAUUAGGCCCCGCGUUAAAAAUCGUUGCCAGGAUCGAUUCAAUGCGCGUGGAAUCGAUGUCAAACUCUAAUUCAACAUCGAACAAUUCAUAAUCGUCUACCUAUUGAUAACAAAGCGACUGUUUUCCAGAAUGUUUCUAGCCUACGGGCUACAGGGUUUGUGCAAGUAUUCGAUUUUCAAAUAUAAGCUUAUAAGAUUAGAAUUUUUUAAUGCUACCAUACUGUAAGCGAUUUUCAUGCUGCACGUGAAAUAAUUCGUUAAACUUUCAACGUUUAUGAGAGACUUUUCGUUUAGCACUGUAGCUAUGGUACAAACUGUAAAAUGUAUUUUUUGUAAAAUUAUUUUUAAACAAAUUGCGGCGAAUCGGCAGCAGUACCUAUUUUUAAUUUAGAAUAUAUAUAUAUAUAUAUAUAUAUAUAUAUAUAUAUAUAUAUAUAUUGUGUGUGUGUGUGUGUGUGUGUGUGUAUAUGUAUAUGUACACAUCCACAUAAAUACAUCCACACAUAUACAAAUUGUGUACAUAGAUACAUAUAUAUGUAGAUAAUGUCAACGAUCUAUUACAAAUUAUUUUGCAUUUAAAGAAAAAAUAUGUCACUAGUUUCUUGCCACGUUUAACAGCUGUAAAAUAACUAUUUAAAUUAACAGAAGGCACUGUUUUCUACAUUAAGUGGAACUGUUUAUACUAUUAAGUACAAUGAAAUACAUCUUCAUUUUUUUUAUAUGUAUUUUUUUAAUAUAUAUUCUUUGCUAUAAUGGAUAUGAUUUGUACUCUUGAUGGUUCCACUUAUAGCAUAUUUUCUGAUAGUGCAGUUUGGAAAAAUAUAGACAUUGUAUGUGUUAUGUGCAUAAAUAUGAUUUUAUAUAAAAUGCUUUAUACUUUGUUUCACGAAUGUUCUAUCGCUCAUUAUGUAUAUAUCAUUGAACAUCUGUCAAUACAGAUUUCAUUUCAAAAUUAUGUGCUAUAAUUAAAUAAAUUUUACGUGCUUAACGUAAUAUUAUUAUUUUGAAGAUGAUUAUAUAUUUUCAGUUGAAAUUUUUAUAAUUUUUUUAAUUUUUAUAAUUUUUUUUAUAAAUUUUUAUAAUUUUUUUAAAUUUUUAUUUUCAUUUCUUGUAUGAGAAAUAAAUGUAUAAACGCUACUUUGUAUAGAAAAUGCAUUAUCUUCUAUAAUUUACAGACAGUAGCUUUGCAGCUGUUAAAUAUGGCUAAAAAUCUGAUAUUUUUUUUCUUAAAUAUCUUAUGCAGAGUGAUAAUUUUUAUAAUGAUUUUGAUAAUUGAUGACAUUGAUCUACAUACAUAUCCAAGUAUGCAGUCUGUAUUAUAUGUACGUAUACAUAAUUCUCCUUUUCUUUCUUAAAUUUUUGAUUACACAUCUAUUUUUUAUGCAAAGGUCGAAUUUAAUCGAAAAAAAUAUAUUUCAAAAUAAUAUUAUAUUAAGCACAUAAAUUUUAUUUAAUUAUAGCACAUAGUUUUGAAAUAAAAUUUAUACUUUCUAAUGUUCAGUAAUAUAUAAUGAACUAUAGAAUAUUUAUGUGAAAUAGAGUAUAAAUAUAAAUAAUUUCAUUUCAUAUAUAUUUAUAUAUACACAUACAAAUACACAUAUACCAUGUCUGAAUUUCCCAAAGUGCAUUAUUGGGAAAAAUACUAUAAGUGGAACUGUCAAGAGUACAAAUUGUGUCCAUUAUACAGCAAAAAAUAUAUAUUUAACAUAAAAAGCAGGGAUAUAUUGCUGUAUUGAUAAUGCUAUAUUUGGAAAAUUACUGCUUGUUGUCAUUCGUCGUACUUUCAUAAAUAUGAUUAUGUUUGAAAAUGUAAGUUGUGUACUUGAUCGAUACAUAUGUAAAUAGUAGACAUAAAAUUUUUAUUUAAUAUACAGAUUUCGCAUAAGACAACAUCUUAAUUGUUGCUGACGAUUAUUCUUCCAUUAUUUUUAAAUUAAUGAAAAGAAAAAAAUUAUAUAUGUAAAAAUUUAUAUUUCUGUCAUUAGCGAUAUAAUAUGAUGAUAAAGUAAGAUGACAAAAAGGAUUGUUACUAUUUUUAGUAAAUAUCUUAUUAACUACUAUCUAAAUGAUAUAAUACAGAAAAAACCAUUUGAUAAAAUUUUCGAAAUAUUAAAAGAAUAUAUCAUUGAAAUAUAUCAUGCCCUUGAAAUUCAAUGUAAAUAUCAUAUUUAUUGCAAAUUUAUAUAAUUAUAAUAAUUCUGAAAAUAACUAGAUAUAUUGCUGUUUUUAUAUAUUUCUUGUAGGAUUAAUUAAUUUUAUAUUUCAGUAUUGUGCAAGACACAAAUGCGAGUGUAUUAAAUUUAAUAAGACUCAUUAUGUUUGAAUUAAAUGGUAAUUUGCUAUGCAUUUUAUACAAAUGUUUAAUGUAAGUAGAUGUGUUUUCUUAUGCGUGAGAGAAUCUUAGUGGAGGUAGCCAUGUUUGUAUAUAAUGCUCACAGACACAUUACACAUCACCGAGUUUAUCCCGCGCCCUGUUUAUGUCUAUAAAUAGAAAAUAGAGUAUAUAUAAUGCACAUUGUAUACAUUCUCUUAAUCAUUUAUAAAAGUUGUAUUUUAUUCAUUAUACAAUUUUUUGUGCUAGGUUCGAUUGCACCAACAAUAUGUUAACUUGUUAAUUUCAUUUCACAGAAUAAUCUGUUAUUCCCUUUCAGAUUGAAAUGAUUAAAAAAUUUCUUUGCUUUAUGUCUGCGAUAAAGCAAAACAAAUUCUGAUUAAUUUAGUACAUAAUGUAGAAGAAAAUUUGAUUAAUUAGCGCUAACUGAAUCUGGUGCAAUCAUUCCUUGGCAAACACAAAUCUCAUGAAUGUUAAAAUUCAAUACAAACUCCAGGUUCAAAAUUUUGCACCAAUCUUGAUGAAGAUAACUCAGGGCCCCAAAUGUUUCACAGUACAUAUAUACUUUUUAUACAAUAGAGAAAAGAAAUAAACUCUGCUGGUAUAAAACUUAA